AUGGUCUUACCCCCUCUGGAUGAUGUUGCCUCAAUCAGUCUUCGUGGCCCGGGCGUAGAAGUAAUGCAGUUUGACCUGACUAAUGAAGAAAGAAAGCAAGAGUUGAUCGAAAUAUUAACCAACGGUCAUGGACGGGUACCGAUUUCGGUUACAGAGAGUUGUCUUGACGAACACGAACUAGCACAGCAAGAGGAUUGGACAUUGAGGCAAAUUUUUGACCAUCGAGUUGAACGCCCGAGCUGUAAAGUCACAAAAUUGGCAAAAGAGCUGGAAAGAAUGAGAAUGCCAAGUAGUCCUGGCGGUGCCGGAGAUCUGCGAUGGCGAUCUAUUGAUAAUGCUCCAGCAGUUCGACAGUACUUGAAAACGCUGCAUACUGAAAUUAGCAGAUCUCCACCUUGUCUUUCAUCGUUCAUUGCGUGUGAUGUGAAGUUGGCUUCUUGUGUAGCCGAGAGUGAUGGCAACAUGUCGCUAGCCAAUCGGCUAGACAUUGAGGCUCAAAGGCUUGAGAGAGAAGCAGCGUAG